AUGGCCGAGUAUCUUCAGCCGCAACAACUGGGGUUCGGCACACAGAGGGGAUGUGAGGCUGCGAUCCAUGCCACGCGGACAUUUGCAGCGGAGCCGGGGAACGCGGACUGUAUUAUCAUCAAAUUGGAUGUGAAAAAUGCGUUUAAUACAGUGGAGAGGGAUGUUUUGCUGGCCGAGGUGGAGGAGAAAAUCCCUUCUUUAUAUCCUUUUCUGUACCAGGUGUAUCAUCUUCCUUCAAAUCUUUUCUUCGAUAAGUCCUUGAUCCUUUCUCAGGUGGGUGCGCAGCAGGGAGAUCCACUUGGGCCGCUUACCUUCAGCCUCGUGAUCCAGAAGGUAGUAACGUCCAUGAUGUCACCUCUUAAUGUGUGGUACUUGGAUGAUGGAACAUUGGGGGGUAAGCCUGAGGUCGUAAAGCAAGACCUGGAUAUUCUACUGCCCCGUUUUAGGGAGUUGGGGCUGGAGGUGAAUACGUCUAAGUGUGAGUUUUUCGGUUGCGGGCCCGCCUCCUUUUCUUCGUUGCCUUCUUUCCGUGACUUGCUUCCUGGUCUCAAACAAGUUUCGCGUAGCACUUUUUCCUUACUGGGGUCACCAAUCUUUCCUGAGGCCAUACCGGAGGCAAUUGAGAUCAGGAGGCGGCUUCUUCUCCUCGCCCAGGAACGUCUUAGGGGCAUCUCUGCUCAUGUCGCUUUGCUUCUGUUGAGAGUGUGUUUUGCGGUACCAAAAAUAACGUACCUUUUAAGAACCACCCCGACGUGGCUGUGCCCCGAUGAAGUUGGUUUGUUUGACGGCACGUUAAGGGACACAUUGGAAAUUAUAUUGAAUGUGUCCCUUUCUGAUGACCAGUGGUGCCAGGCAUCGUUACCCAUACGGUAUGGGGGCCUUGGUGUGAGGCGUGCGGGGGACGUGGGCUUGCCAGCCUUUCUCGCGUCGGCGCAUGGGGUUGACAACCUUGUUUCUGAAAUUUUAAAUUCCCAUGGAGACAAGGUUACGAUACCUUUUGUUAGCGAUGCUUUCGCGACGUGGACGGCUCGCGUUCAGACUGCGUCCAUGCCGGAUUCUCCGCGGGUGCAGCGCGCGUGGGAUGAUGUGGGGGCUAAGGCCGCACUUGCACGACUCGAGAAUGCGGCUGUAGGUGCAGAGCUGGCUAGGCUCAAGGCGGUAUCGAGGGCUGAAUCGGGAGCGUGGCUGCAGGCGUUACCUUCUCCUCACGUGGGAACACUGCUUGACGAUGACUCUAUGCGUGUGGCGGUAGCUCUCCGCCUGGGCUGCGAUGUUUGCGAACCUCAUAAAUGCAUCUGCGGCUCCAUGGUGGAGGCGAGUGGUCGCCACGCGUUAAGUUGCUGUCGGUGUUCAGGUAGAUUCCCGCGCCACCACGCUCUCAAUGACAUCGUCCGGAGGGCCUUAAUAUCCGCCAACAUCCCAUGUGUGUUGGAGCCGCCGGGGCUCAGUCGGUCUGAUGGAAAGAGGCCAGACGGCCUGACUAUGGUGCCUUGGCAGAGAGGGAAAUGCCUACUUUGGGAUGCCACGUGCGUCAGCACUUUUGCCGCCUCGCACCUCAGCCGAACGGCACAGACAGCCGGCGCCGCGGCGGAAUUUGCCGCGAGUAGAAAGCGGGAGAAAUAUUCGGCCCUGGAGGGCAACUACCUCUUUGUGCCACUUGCGUUCGAGACGACAGGUUGUUGGGGGUCGCAGGCUAUAGCCUUCGUUAGGGAGGUGGGGCGAAGGAUAAGUGACAGGGGGUCGGAUGCUCGACAUGCCCUGAAGACUCUUAAGCCGGAUACAGAUAUUGCGAAGCUGUACGCCGCACGCUUUGCUGUAGUACUAAGUAUACCUACAUGUCGCCGCGAGUAUGAAGAAAGAGUUCGCGCCAUGAGUCCUGCGAAUUUUAAUCGAACUAAUUAA